AUGGAGAAUAUUUCUUCCUCACAAAGCAAGCAGUUCCAACCCAACCGAUCAACGGUUAGCAUCGAUGGCCAAAUAAAAACAACACAGAUUUACAGCUGUGAUAAUGAAGAGAAAGAAGAAGAAAAAGAAGGAAAGGCCAAAGGCAACUGUUUCAUUUCAAAUUACCAUAAAUUCUAUGAAGAAAUCGACCAGUUUCUACAAACCAUCUCAACCAUCAAAAACAACCAAAACCCAGAUCAAACCCCACCUGAAAUCCCUGAUUCGGUUGGAAUAUUCGUGAAACUCUUCCAAGAAGAGAUCGCUAAGUGCGACUGCAGUCAGGAUCAUGGAAAGUGGUGCGAUGAUUCUGAUGAAGGAUCGUCGGUUCUUGAAGCAGUCGGUAAAAUCUCAAAUCUGACACAGGCGCUUGGAAGCUUCUCAUCAGAUCCGAAUUACGCAACGUUGCUCGCUCGCACUAAUGAGGCUUUGCAACGUACAAUGGCAUUCUUCGAAGAGGAAUUCCGGUGGCUUCUAGAAGAUUCUCAGAAGACAGAUCCUGAUCGGCGUUCGUUCCACGAAUCCGAAGUCGAUGCAGAUUCCGAUUUUCCUGGAUUUCCACCAGAAACCGUUUCUCAGCUCUCUAUGAUUGCAAAAGCGAUGAUCGAAGCAGGAUUUGAAACUGAAUGCUGUCAGGUUUUCAGCAUCGCACGACGGAAUUCUUUCGAGGAAAGACUCGUUAAGAUCGGGUUUGGCAAAAUCAGCGCUGAAGAUAUUCAGAAAAUGCCGUGGGGAUCGAUGGAAGUUGAGAUUGCCACGUGGAUCCAGGCCUGCCGUGGCUGCAUCAAGGUAUUUUUCUCUGGUGAGCGGAGUUUCUGCGAGGCGGUCUUUGCUGACCACACAUCCAUCUCUGGCUAUCUCUUCGGCAAUCUUGCCCGUUGUAUUGUAAUCCAGCUUCUCAAUUUCUCAGAAACAGUAGCAAUGACAGAACGAACUGCAGAAAAGCUCUUCAAAUUCUUCGACAUGUAUGAAGUUCUCCGCGAUCUGGCCCCUGUGAUGAACGACUUACCUGAGCUGAAAUCUGAGAUCUCAUCCUCUCGUGGUCGGAUCGCAGAAGCUGCGAUCGCUAUGUUCUCAGAUCUUGAGAAUUCAAUCAAGAACGACCAUGGAAGGACGCCUGUCCCAGCUGGUGCAGUUCACCCACUAACCCGUUACGUGAUGAAUUAUCUAAAAUACGCCUGUGAGUAUAACGACACGGUAGGGCAAUUAUUCCAAGAAGGUCAAGAACCAGUAAUAUCCGAACAAAAUACAGAAUCCGAUAAUGAUGAAAAAUCAAAUCACUCGCCGUUCUCCGUUCAACUCAUGACGGUAAUGGAGCUCUUAGACGCUAAUCUGGUAUCGAAAUCGAAGUUAUAUAAAGAUCCAUCGCUUGGAUAUAUAUUUCUGAUGAAUAAUGGUCAGUAUAUCAUGAGAAAGAUCAAAGGCUCGGCGGAGAUUCAUGAUCUGUUGGGAGAUAACUGGCGACGGAAACGGUCAUCGGAAUUCCGGCAAUGCCAUAAGAACUACCAGCGGGAGACGUGGAGCAAGAUCUUGGGGUGUUUUAAGGAGGAAGGGUUGCAGCAAGGGAGGGGGAAUGUAGUGAAAUCGGCGGUGAAAGAGCGAUUCAAGACCUUUAAUGCAAUGUUUGAAGAGAUACAUAAGACUCAGAGCUCAUGGGUGGUGAGCGAUGAGCAGAUGCAGUCAGAGCUGCGGGUGUCGAUAGGAGCGGUGGUGAUUCCGGCAUAUCGCUCGUUCUUGGGACGAUACCGGCAGUACCUGGAAGGUAAUCGGCAAUGGGAGAAGUAUAUAAAGUAUGGGCCGGAGGAUCUGGAGACGUUCAUUGAUGAUCUUUUUGAUGGGACACCGUCAUCAAUGGUGAGGAGGAGAACAUGAGAGAGAGAGAGUAAAUGAGU